AGUAUUCGAAGUAGCACAAAAUUACCUGACGGGACUUUUAUUGAUAACAUGAAGUCUUUCCAAGAUUUGGUUUACGCAGAUAAUCUUGAUUUGAUUCUCGUAACUGAAACAUGGCUUAACAGCAACUUCUCGAGCAUUGAAUUACUUUUAAAAGGUUAUAACAUAAUAAGAAACGAUCGAAUAGCUGACAAACGCGGUGGCGGGGUGCUUAUAGCUCUACGUGAAAAUAUUACAUACAAAAUAGACUAA